UUAGAAGAAAAACAACAGCAAGACAUUAUGUUCAGGGUAGGAGCCAUUCAACAAGUGAUUUUGUGGAACAGUUACGUUUGAUAUUGUUAAAAAAAAAAAAUCAAAGCAGCAGCAAUCUAUAUAAUUAUCGUCAAGUGUUUCCCCCUUCUGCCUAGCAAAAAGAAACACUCCAUCCACUGGCUUCAGGCAAUGUUACAUCAAAACUAAUCAUAACGAUUAAUAUCAGCUGCUGUGAAACGCCAAGCUCUUUUAAAUUCUCAGAAAAGAAAUAGAUUUCUCAAUUUGAUUGUAUAAACAUUAAAACUAGAAGAGAGAAGGAGUAGUGUUUUCCCUCCUUUUCUCUCUCUUCUUUUUUUUUUUUUAAAAUACUGGGAGGCACUGAGACUUCAGCUAAUUGUAUCCUGAUCUUUGCCUCGAGGGCUUCGGGAGCCCGGAGCAACUCUUCUCUCCAUUUUCCUCAGUCUACCUUAGCCAAGCUAUUGCAUUUCUCGCUGGCGGUGGCAAGAGAAGAGACACAUCAAGGAAGAAAUUGUUUAUCAAAACAGAAAAAGCUACUUUCCUCCGCGAGCCAUUGCGAGCGAGCUGCUCUGCCUGACAGCCACGCUCUCCCCACGCGUCCUCGUCCUCCUCGCAUUCUACCCGACAAGAAAGACCAGAAAGGAGUAAAUAAGACAACAAAUCAAAUCUCGUGACGGUUAAAAAAAAAAAAAAAGAAAGAAAAAAAUGGACGAGACAGAUAUCAUGGACCUGACGCAUCAGAAGGCGAGGAAGCGGCCGCGGCCAAUCACCUCCGCGGACGAGGCGGCGGUGCACGCGCCCCUCAAACGAACACCGAUGCGGGCGGCUGAGUGCCGGGAGACUUCGCUCAUGUACGCCGUGCGCGGAGAGCCGUUGCCUGCCGCUUCGCUCAAGCAGAAUGACCACUCGGUGACCUCCUCGCCCACCAACGUAAUGCCGGCACAGGAUAAUCGCUCCAGUAUGUCUCGGCCCAUGAUCACACGCUCGCCGGUGUCCCCUUUGAGCAACCAGGGCAUCCCCACGCCGGCGCAGCUCACCAAGUCCAAUGCACCAGUGCACAUUGACGUGGGUGGACACAUGUACACAAGCAGCCUGGCCACACUCACCAAAUUCCCUGAAUCCCGAAUCGGCCGCCUCUUUGAUGGCACUGAGCCCAUAGUGUUGGACAGCCUGAAGCAGCACUACUUCAUUGACAGAGACGGACACAUGUUCCGCUACAUCCUCAACUUCCUCAGGACGUCCAAGCUGCUCAUCCCGGAUGACUUCAAAGACUAUAGCCUGCUGUAUGAGGAGGCCAGAUACUUUCAGCUCCAGCCCAUGUUGACUGAGUUGGAGCACUGGCGCCAGGAUCAGGAGCUGGGCCGAGUGUCUCGACCCUGCGAGUGUGUGGUAGUGCGCGUGGCACCAGACCUGGGUGAAAGGAUCACGCUGAGUGGCGACAAGGCACUGAUCGAGGACAUUUUUCCCGAAAUCGGCGACGCAAUGUGCAACUCCGUCAAAGCCGGAUGGAACCACGACUCCACGCACGUCAUCCGCUUUCCGCUCAAUGGGUUCUGCCCCCUCAACUCUGUUCAGGUUCUGGAGCGUCUGCAGCAGCGAGGCUUCGAGAUUGCUGGUUCCUGCGGGGGAGGCGUGGACUCGUCCCAGUUCAGCGAGUACAUUCUGAGGCGGGAACUCAGGAGGACGAUCCAGCGAGGAGGACCCAAUUCGAAUAGGAUAAAGCAAGAGCAGUUAGACUAGAGACUGCUGGACUUUUCAGUGUUUUGAACUCUUCACUUUUUCUUCAUUUGUUUUUUUUUUCAUGUCAAUGUUUUCAUUUUCUUAAGAAAAAUCAUCUAGAGAAAAAAAAUAGGUUCUUCAGCCAUGGAAAGAUUUACAACAUUUGAGUUAGAUAUUGCGGACAUUUGUGAUUGCCCCCAUAAAACAUUUGAGAAAGAUUUAUAUAUGUUGUAUCCCUAAAUAAAGUUUGUUUUAAAACUUUGA